AUGCCGUCCAGCUCCUUCACCAGGUUCCCCGACCUCCCAGCCGAGAUCCGUCUCAAGAUCUGGAACGAGGCGGCGGCCGGAACGUCGAUGCACAUCUUUGACGUCUGCUUCCCGUCAUGGCGUGACAGCGGCCGCAGCAAGCGCGCCUUCCCUGGCGCCGACAGAGCCAUGACGAAGAGUAACCACGACAGAUGGACCAAGUACAGCGAAUGCGUGUUCCUCGACACCAUGGAAGUCGGACCGGCGGAGCUGGCACGGCAGACGCGCGUUGCGCGACACGCAUACGAUCCAUCCGUGUACAGACUCCGUUCAACGAUGCGAAUGACGUGCUCCGAAGCGUCGGCGGCAGUGCGGAGGAGGAUGAGCGGCAAAAGUGUCAACACGGUGUACCUCCCGGGCCGAGAUAGAAGGAUCGAAUACGACAACGACAAUGAUGUGCUGUUCUUACGAUUCAGAGACGGCGGAGCAAUCAUGAACCUGACCGACGGGGUGCUCCUGGGCGAGUUCGAGGCGUCAAGAACAAACGAUCUCACCGAGUUGCUAGAGGGCCCUUGGAGUGUCGAGAUGGCUGAGACGCUGCGCGGUGCGGGGCGUGUCGCCCUCGACGUCGCUGAGGCGUGGGCCCCGCCGGCGAUCGGAGCGGUGGUCUACGAGGAGGCGGCGUACUUGGCUUGUUGUCUGCAGCAAGGUCUCCAGGUGCUGUACCUGGUCGACCACUGCCACGGGCGUUGCACGCAAUGCAAGCAGCACAACAUCAGGGCCGACCAGCUUCAGACACGCGGGCCUCUGUACCGACAGCUGCAGAGUCGGGAUACGGACGGCGCCGUGGCCCGGGCGCCGGAGGUCAUACACGGCGUCGGCAAGGCGUAUCGCGAGGUGUUCGACUUUGAAGGGCUCGGCUGGUCGUAUGAGCACCCGAACUAUGUGUUUGCGGCGGCAAUGGACGAGAUGAUACGGAGCCAGCAGGCGGAGGCGGAUAAGCAGGCUUUCGAGGGGGUAAAAGUGCUACUGGUCGAGGAUGACGAGGUGGAAGGGGUAGACACAACCAUGCUGAUGGACUGCAGGUUGGAUAGCGCCUCGAAAAGGUUCGCCGGGGAAGCCCCGAGCAUGUGUCUGCGAUGGUCAUCCUGA